AUGCUCUCGUCCCUCGCUCUGGCCGCGCCGCUGCUCCUGGCGGGCUUGCAGGCCGCCACCGUGAGCGCAAUCCCGACCAUCUCGGCCGUGGGCUCCAAGUUCUUCUACGAAAAUGGCACCCAGUACUACCUGAAAGGCAUCGCUUAUCAACUCACCCCCAACGAUCCGCUCACCGACGGCGCCCAAUGCAAGCGCGACAUAGCCCGCAUGUCCGAACUGGGCACCAACGCCAUUCGUGUGUACCACGUCGAUCCCACGGCCGACCACAAGGCCUGUAUGACCGCUUUUGCGGACGCCGGGAUCUAUCUCUUCGUCGAUCUCGACACCUUUAGCACCCAGAUCGAGCAGACGAACCCCCACUGGAAUCAAACUCAGUUUGACCACUUCAAGGAAGUGCUGGACGAGUUCCAGCAGUUCGACAACACCGCCGGCGUCUUUGUCGGCAAUGAAGUCCUCACCACCGCCGAUGGCUCGCACGCGGCUCCCUAUGUGUUGGCCGCUGCACGCGAUAUUAAGGCGUAUCGUGACCAGAAAGGGUACCGAGAGAUCCCCGUGGGCUACUCCGCCGCCGACAUUGCGGACCUGCGCCCCAUGCUGCAGAACUACCUCGCCUGCCAGACCAAUUCUUCGGAUCGCCUGGACUUUUAUUCCCUGAAUGCCUAUGAGUGGUGCGGUGACUCCAGCUACACUGUCUCUGGGUACAACAUGCUGCAGAAGAAUGCGACGGACUACCCGAUUCCCAUCUUCUUCUCUGAAACCGGCUGCAACACCCCGGCUCCCCGUAUGUUUGACGACCAGGCUGCCAUCUUCGGCAAAGACAUGUCCGGCACUUGGUCCGGCGCCAUCAUCUACGAGUGGAUCGAAGAGACCAACGACUACGGUCUGAUCAGCUACGGUCCCUCAGCCAAGGCCGCCACCAAUACCCUUGUCGAGGAUGGCUAUACCCGCAAGGGCACCCCGACCCCGGUGUCGCCUGACUUUACCAACCUCAAGAAGCAGUGGGCGACCCUGCACCCGACUGGUGUCCACCUCUCCGACUACAAGAAGUCCGUGUCGAGCAUCUCCUCCAUUGAAUGCCCGGCUUCAACCAAGGGUGGCUGGGCGGUCGACCCCAGCUCGCCCCUGCCCACCCUGGGACAAACCUACAAGGCCACCUCGCAGGCCACUGCUACUGCUGGAUCAACUGGCCAAGGUACCUCCUCGGGCUCCAACGCCUCUGCCACCUCCUCUGGCAAGGACAACGCAGCCGGUGCGGUGACUGUGACGGGUCUGGCCACUGAGCGCCUUCUCAUGGCUUCCCUCUUCCUGUCCGCGGGCAUGGGAGCCCUUGCCUUUUUGCUGUAG